AUGGACGAAAGUUAUUCGUAUGAUACAGAUAGUCAGCAGGACUAUUCUUCCAUGGCAAUGUCGGGCAUGCUGCACGACGCGUCCAUUCACACUGUCGACGACGUCUUGGAGGAUGAAGAUCAGUUGCAGUAUCAAGAGUACGCCGAAGAAGGUUACGAAGAAGGUUCCGAAUUACAGCCCGAUAUCUCACAAGAAGAUUGUUGGACGGUGAUAUCUUCCUUCUUCCACGAGAAAGGACUUGUCCGGCAACAGCUUGAUUCGUUUGAUGAGUUUGUUGAAAACACGAUGCAGGAAAUUGUUGACGAGAAUAAGAAUCUUGUUCUGCAAACUGUGUCCGGAAGUCAGGGGGGUGAUGGUGAUAAGCCGAAACGAUUUUACAUUCGGUUCGGUCAAGUUUACCUCUCUAAGCCUACUAUGACUGAAGCCGACGGUAGUGUUUCGGCGAUGUUUCCUCAGGAAGGUCGCCUGAGAAAUCUUACUUAUGCUUCACCUCUUUAUGUUAACAUGAAAAAGGAAACACUGUCGGCAGACCCGAGAUCCCUUGAAAACAGGGAAAAGACAACCUUAAACGAAAUGUUCGAUGAGAACUCUUUGGAAGACGAUCCAAAAGAAAUGUCAUAUGAUAAAGUCUUUGUCGGAAAGAUCCCGGUCAUGUUGAAAUCCACAUUUUGCAUAUUGCACGGUCUAAAAGACAAAAGCCUAUACGCCUUAAACGAAUGUCCUUAUGAUCAGGUUGGUUCAGAGGAAUUGAGG